CGCUGGUUUUUCAACACAGCCAUACGUAACUUCCGCCUCAGCCCAGCUGCAGCCCUGAGUUCAGUCCUCCAAACCUCCAAACACACUAAUCAUCACAAAACCUGAGGCUGUUCGACCACAGCUCUGAAACUAAGAGCAGGAAGACCCGAUAUAAGGAGGGGAGGCUUGUAGUAAGAGUAAAGCAGAGUGAAAUAUUGAGUGGUCGGCUCCUGUGUUAGCUAACUGCUCGUUAGCUAGCAUGCUGCCUUCUCCAAACACCAGAAAACUCCUCUCGGAUUAAUCUCACCUCGACAUGACCGAGUUCAGAUGUCGUAAAACAGAGACUGUAGAAGGAGAUGAAGAGGAGGACGAACCAAAACAUGAACCCGAGUUGCACAUUGCAAGUGCUAAUGGACCGGUGAACCCAGAGGAUGAUGGGUCUGCUGAAGGAGGAGAUGACAAGCAGCAGAAAGAUGAAGGUGAAGAUGAAGAAGAGGAUGCUCAAAGCAAAGAGGAGGAAUCAAGGAAACCAGAAUCACCUGUUAAAAGAUCUAAUAAGUCCUCUACAUCAGGUUUCUUGCAGCGCCUGGUGAGGGUGUUCUUCGGAUGUCUGGCAGCAGUUGCCUGUGGCAUGCUGUAUGCCGUGUAUCUGUCUACAUAUCAUGACAGGAAGUUCUGGUUUUCCACAAGACAGGAGCUAGAGCGAGAAAUCACCUUCCAAGAAGGCAGCGGACUCUAUUAUUACUAUUACAAGCACCUGCUGACAGUGCCAUCGUUUGAAAGAGGGUUUUAUGAGCUGACGCUGGAUAACAACACUAUUUCAGGUCAAACCAUCAACGCAGUGGAUCUUCUGUCCCUGUAUCCAGAGCUCAUCACAAGCUUCCUAUACAGAGUCACAGGCAGCCAGGAUGUCGUGGAGCCCAUCUACUUCUAUGUCGGAGCGGUUUUCGGCCUCCAGGCGGUCUACGUCACCGCCCUGUUUGUGUGCAGCUGGGUGAUGAGCGGCACCUGGGUGGCCGGCAUGUUGGCUGUGGCCUGGUACGUGAUCAACAGACCAGAUACAACCAAAGUGGACCAGGCCAUUCCUCUACGGGACAACUGGGCUCUGCCUUACUUCUCUUGCCAGGUCGCUGCUUUGACUGGAUUCCUAAGUAAUAAUAUCAGCUCUGCUGCAGAGAUGUUUUGCUAUCUCACCAUGAGUGCCACCACCUUCACCUUCCUGCUGGUGUGGGAACACAGUCACUACGUGCUCUUCAUCCAGGGCCUCUGCCUUUUCUUGCUCGACUCGUUUGACUUGGUGCCAACACGUAAGAUGGCUGACAUCCACAAGGUGUACCUCAGCUCUUUGUUCCUGGCCUACUUGUUCCAGUUUCAGAACCCGACACUGCUCAGCUCUCCUCUGCUCAGCCUCAUGAUCGGCUCAGUGCUCGCGAGGUACUUCCAGCAAAAAAUGAAGAUGGGACCUCUUGUAGCCAGAGUAAUGAAACUCUUUUUACAUUUCCACCUGGUCUUCACUACAGGAAUCACCUUCAGUUAUUUAGUGAAGAAACUUCUACCUGUCAGUGAGAGUGAUUUCAUAUUGAAAUUCCUGGAAGUAAAGUUUGGACUCAACACAACAACCGACUUCAUCCCAAACUUCCUCAUGUGCCAAGAGGGUUUACAGUCACCUGGUCAGGACUUAUUCCUGCGACUGACUCAGGCCUCAGUCUUUCCUUUCUACUUACUGGUGCUCUCUGUCUGCCUGCUGUCCACACUGCAGACCAUCUACAGAAGACUCAGUGGACAGCCAAUGAAAACCAACCUGAAACUUGAAGACGGGCGAAUAGGAGAACAGCCAGAGGUCAUAUAUCAUGUUUUUCACACGUUGCUUUUCGGAGGCCUUGCUCUGCUGUUUGAUGGGAUGAAAUAUUUAUGGACCCCAUACGUCUGCAUGUUUACAGCAUUUGGUGUUUGUUCUCCAGAGCUCUGGAUGACUGUAUUUAAGUGGCUUAAACUGAAGUCCAUCCACCCUGUAGUUCUGUCUCUGAUUCUGAGCACAGCGGUCCCUACAAUCAUUGGUUUCAGUUUGUGGAGAGAGUACUGCCCUCGUGUCUUAUCAGAGCUGUCAGACCUGUCUGAGUUCUAUGACCCAGAUACAGUCGAGCUGAUCAGCUGGAUCAGGUCUCAGGCUCCGCUGGCGGCUGUCUUCGCAGGAAGCCCUCAGCUGUUAGGGACGGUGAAGCUGUGCUCGGGUUCAGCUGUGACCAGUUUACCGCUUUACUCCGACAUCAACCUGCUGAAGAGGACUGAGGAUACGUAUCAGGUGUAUGCAAUGAGAUCUGCAGAGGACAUCUACAAGAUCCUGACCGCUCAGAAGACAAACUACGUGAUCAUCGAGGAGUCCAUCUGUAACGAGCUCAGUCUCAUUAAAGGCUGCAGGAUAAAAGACCUGCUCGACAUAUCAAACGGACAUGUUGUUUAUGAUAAAGGAGAGAUGUACUCAUUCUCCAAGCACGGACGAUUCUGCCAGGAGAUUAAAAUGAACUACUCGCCCUACACAAACUACUUCACUCGAGUUUUCUGGAACCGCUCGUACCACAUCUACAAAGUCAACUCUGUCAUCUCCUUCCAGUACUGACAGCGGCUGGACAACACACAGGACUACAGUGUGUUCCUGCAGUGUGUGUGUGUGUGUGUGUGUGCUCAUAAAAGUCUGAUCACUGUUAUCUUAAGAAUCCCAGUGUGAGCGGUGAAGGUGCCUGGGAUCACGUGGGCACAUUGUACCUGAAAGUCAUGUCUGAUUUAAGGACUACUGAAGUCGAAGUAUGCCACAUUAACCUCUGAACUGUAGUUUUAUAAGCCAUGUGUUACUGUUACUGUAAUGAAUCUAAUGAAGGGAGGGGUCUGAGGUCUGUGCUCACUUUUUAGAGAAGAAGAGAGCAGCUGGGUGUUUAGGCACAUUAUUUUAAGGCGACAGAAAGUUGUCGUUGAAAUUCCUGGCAAAGGGGUCAAAGGCAGUCCUCCAGUUUGGUACAGACAGAAACAUCUCAAGGUUUAAUUGUCUUCACACCUGCUUUAUGUAUGUCCAUGGAAAUUAGCCCCUACAAAAAUUCUCCCUUAUAGUUUUUAUGAUAUUUGGUCUCUACCUGACUUCGAAUCUAGCUCUGUCUUUUACCCUUAACUUACAUUUGUCCAACACCUCUGAGGUUACUGAUAUGUCCAUUUGCCUCUUGUGCACUUUUUGUUUUGACGCAUAAGCAAAUAUUAGAACCACACAUCUGAAGGCUAACUGCUUGACAUGCCAACAUCAGCAUCUAUCUCAGAGUACGGACAAAUUCAGCUUCACACAGCCUCUUGUAGUCCUGAAAACUCUUGUUUUUUUUAAGCCCCAUUAUUCUAUGAUGAUCCUUUUCUUGUAUUUCAAUUGAACCAACAUUAUUUUAUUUUAAUGCGAAUUAACAUGGCUCAUUAUAUUUAAUCAUGACAUGGUCGUCUGCUGUUUUAAUGGCCAGUCAAAGGAAAUUAUGUGGAAUUUUAGAAUAAUGAUCUAUCAGAAUCUAUGAUAACCUAAGAUACUUUAAUUAUGCCUUGUUCACAAAUAUCUUCAGAUUAAAGUAUGAUCAUUACCAGCUCUUUAAGACUUUAAAAAGCCAACACAGCUUUUCCAAUGUUUCUGUUUUGAGUACACAUAAAGGGAGUGAGUAUGUGUUGUGUUCUUAAAAACAGGCUGUUCCUCAUACGCCAGGCUGUCACAUAUGUUGUUUGCCAAUAUUUUUUGAUGUGUAACAAAGGACGAUCAAUCUCUACUGCCAAAGGAGACACUCACCUGAGUUACUCCAGAGUUCAGCUAUCCAACAAAGACAAAGAAAGAAUUGAAUCAGUAUUCAUGGAUGACAGACUGAAUUUAAUAUAUAACGUGUUUUGUUUUUCCCAUUUAACCCUUGUUUUAUUAUAAAGUAGCUCUACAGCAUUACAAAUAACACAGUAGUGCCUGGUAUGAUGGGAGAGACUGGGCAGCACAGUUUGUAAGAAAAUCACGUGUUCACUGUGUGUGUGUAGUCGAGGCUGGUCCUGAAGCUGCUCACUUCUUUUACUUUGUCUUCAUCCUCUUCUUUUUCUCGAUGCCUUAUUUUGAAAGGCCAUUUAGUGAAUGUUGGGUUUUAUUGAAAUACACAUGAAGAUGAAAGUGUGUACAAGUUCACAAAUAAAAAACUGAUCUCUGUCA